AGGAAUUAUUAAUUCCUCUUUGGAACCCCAUCACCGAACCCACGUCCACCGUCCACACGAGCCCGCUCUCCACCAAGAUCGCCCCUAGAUUGGAACUUUCCACUACCCAUCGGUUCCCGCCCUUCCUUUCAAAGCAAGGGUGGACACUGAUGGUAGUUUAUUCCUUUCUUAGGAAGUUCGCUAACUCGGCUAAUAAGUCUUGUGCGGGUCUUAUUGCAGUCUCUAGCGCGAUUCUGGCGCUUAUUAGUCCUUGUAAAUCUAUCCAAAUGUUAUGAGUAGACGAUCUCGACUUGUAGUAAAUUGUCCCGUUGAUGAAGAAUAUGUACGUAGGGUAUCAACAAGCGCGUAUCGACAUGGGCUAAUAAGUCGAAGCGCAUUAGCCGGGCGUCCCGAUAGAACGUCAUCAUGAUUACAACGGGUCAUUCCGCAGAAGAAAGCCUCGUCACCGAGGUCACUGCGUACGUCAGGUCCUACAUGUCGAAUUACGACGGCUCUCAUGACUUCAACCACAUCGAACGUGUUGUAGGACUUGCCAAAUACAUCCAUGAUCACUCACCCGGCAGAACUACGCGAGACCCACAAGUUGUCAUCUUAAGCGCCCUUCUGCACGAUGUAGGAGACAAGAAAUAUCUAAAGCUGGGCGAAGAUGCUUCAACCCUGGUAUACGAGCUCCUUCUCUCUCUAGGUGCAGCAGAGCAACUUGCGAACCGGGUUCAGACAGUCUGCCUAGGCGUUAGCUAUUCGAGUGAAAUCAAGGAUCCAGCUCGGGUCCAGGAUCUCGUCAAGUCUCACCCUGAACUAGCAGUUGUUCAGGACGCCGAUCGGCUCGAUGCUAUUGGGGCUAUUGGGAUCGGAAGAGUCUUCACAUUUACAGGUGCUCGGACUAAAGCGUCCAUGGCAGAUUCUAUCCAGCAUUUCCACGAUAAGCUACUAAAACUCGAGAGCAUGAUGAAGACGGACGUCGGACGAGAGCUUGCUAAAGCAAAAACCGAGAAGAUGCAUGAAUUCCUCAAGUGGUGGGAUGAAGAAGCGGCCUUUUCUAGUGGACUGUCGGCUGCAAUCUAAGAACAGCCCAGCCGCUUAACUACUUCCUUUAUGAUACUAUUAUCAUCUAUCUAGUUUGCACGUACGCCGACCACAUAUUAGAUUACAAUUGGAAGCCUUAGACCAGAAACAU